AUGGCAGUUUCACAACAUCGAAAGACUAGGAAAUCACCCCAUAUCCACCAUGAAGCUGGACAGUAUUAUCAGCCGCUCUCGGCCUUCUAUUUUACUGAAGAAAUCGAUGGCCCAGCCAACUUUUUUGCCUCCGGUGGCGUCCGACAUGAAUCUAUCACAAAGCAGUGGAAAGGGGCCUCAAAAGACGACCACGCCACCGAGAGAUCUAAGAAAGGAGAUACACAUGACAUCAAUUCGGACGCAUCCGCUUCUGGCAUGAAAGAAAGAGAGCAGAGUGAGGGGAUUGCAGACAAGACGAAGUCCCAGGGCAUGACUCAGAGAGGCGGGACUGAGGGUGGUAAAAAAGCCAAGGCAGAGCAUCCUGCAGCUCCGGAACCCGUCAUUGGGAUGAACGAUGAACGAGCGCAGGUGAGAACAGAUUGA